UAAUAAUUAAAACUUCCAUCGAUGUUUGCACGACAGAGAUGGCGAUGGUAUUUGACUCCUUAUCUUAUCUUUGGGCAUGGCCUAUAUAUAACUAAUAGAAUGAGUUACUUUGGACCUUUUUACAAUGGGAUGGUUUAAUACAAAUGCGGUUGUUUUACUGGCUUGGACAUUGAUAAGUCUCGUGGCAAACGUUCAUGGWGCUGCCCCAGCAUUUGGCUCGUCCACGUACACAGGUACAGUCAAUGAAAACUCUGCUGCAGACACGACGGUCAGUGGUGUUACCAUCUCAGCUACCGAUAGUGAUGGUGAUGCAAUCACAUACAGCAUUAUCAGCUCGCCAGGGCCAUUUAAGCUGAAAAGCGACGGCACUAAAGUACUGACAAAUGGACUUACUAUUGAUUAUGAGACGACUAGUUCAUAUUCGCUCACAAUUCAAGCUUCUGCCAAUGGAGAUACAACAACAGCCAUUGUGAACAUCAAUGUAGUUAACGUCAAUGAGGCACCAUCAUUCCAGCAUUCAACUUACACAGCAAAUGUGAACGAGAACAGCGCUAAUGGCGUUGAUAUUAUCACUGUYACUGCCAACGAUGUGGAUAGUGGUGAUAACUUAACUUACGCGAUCUCAGGAGUUGGUUCAUCAAGCUUUAGUGUGUUGAGUACAGGGACCAUCGAAGUCGCUGGAAGCCUGAACUUCGAAACCAAAUCAACAUACACUUUGUCGUUAAAAGCCACAGAUAUUGCAGGACUAUACGAUACAGCAACAGUCAUUGUUUCUGUCAAUGAUAUCAAUGAAAACCCUUCAUUCAGCUCRGCGCCAUACUCGGCAACAGUUGUGGAAAAUAACGGAGCGGCCAGUGUAGUGACAGCGACAGCCAGUGAUCCUGAUGGAGGAAACUCAGUGUCCUUCAGUCUGUCUGGAUCAGGAAGCUCUGACUUYUCCAUCCAUCCAACCAGCGGUGUUGUCACUCUUAGCCAUGCGCUGAACUACGAAUCAAGAUCAUCAUACUCAUUAACAAUAGCUGCCUCUGACAGCAAAGGAGGGCUGGCUACAACYUCUCUUACAGUCACUGUUWCAAACGCCAAUGACGCACCGGUGUCAAUCAGCAGUUCAUAUUCUGCAAGYAUUGAUGAAAACSUCUCGAUAGGRACCAAUGUGGUACAAACGUCUGCUAYGGACGARGAUGGGGACACUGUUACCUAUGCUAUAUCUGGAAGCAGUCAUUUUUCAAUCACUAGUAAUGGUAUGAUCAAAACAGCAAGUGCACUAGACUUUGAAACUACAAAUAGCUAUAGUCUAACAGUGACAUUUGGUGAUGGGACGACAACUUCAAGCAAAGCGGUUACAGUUACUGUUAAUAACAAAAACGACGCGCCAACUUUUCCGGGUUCUCCCUACUCGACAAGUAUUGAGGAAGCUACCGCAGUUGGUACAAGUGUUUAUAAUGUGAAUGCGACCGAUGUCGAUGGAGAUAGUUUGUCUUUUUCGUUAUCUGGUGCUGGUGCGACUCAUUUUGCUAUAAAUGCRGCAACGGGGGAAGUUAAGACGAAUUAUGUGUUGGAUUAUGAACACACGUCGUCUUAUUCACUUACUGUAAAAGCCUCUGACAACAAAGGAGGAGAWGCAACCACUACGUUAACAAURACAGUGACUAACACCAACGACUUGCCAACAUUUCUKGGYAGYCCAUAUUCAACGACAAUAGAUGAGAACCUCAAUGCUGGARCAAGCGUAMUAAAAGUAUCAGCCACUGACCAAGACACUGGCGAUAGUCUAWCAUACAGUCUGUCUGGGUCAAAUAGUGGGCAUUUUUCUAUAUCUUCGAGUUCAGGACUCAUUACUACUGCCCAGGCACUUGACUACGAGACCGUCAGUUCGYAUUCGCUAACAGUGAGCGUUUCUGAUGGAACAGCURCUAGUACYGCAKCRAUAACAAUCACUGUYARGAACAAAAACGAUGUCCCUGUAUUCACUAAUUCGCCUUAUUCUGCGACGGUUGAUGAGAAUUYAAGCGGUUCGGCUGURUAYACUGUYAGUGCAWCAGACGCUGAUUCGGACWCUUUGAAGUACUUUAUGUYGGGAUCAGGAAGUGAGGACUUUGUUUUGAACCCAACCACUGGAGCUGUAACCCUCGCCAAAGCAUUAAACUAUGAAAAGACAUCUUACUACUUUUUAACAAUCUUUGUCCUUGAUGGAUCGAGCAGUACUUCAACGAAUCUUAAUGUAACUGUGAAYGACGCAAAUGACGCACCUGUGUUCGUAAAUGCACCUUAUACAGCGCAGGUAGCGGAGAAUUGUGCUGGGRGUUCCCAUGUGUUUAAAGUUACAGCCACUGAUGAGGAUGCGUCGGAUAGUUURUCUUACUCACUUAGUGGYACUAACCAUGGACAUUUUAGUAUUGGGAGUUCAACUGGAGUAAUUACUACAUCCCAGGUUCUUGACUAUGAGCCCGUCAGUUCAUAUUCCCUCACAGUGACCGUUAACGACGGUACGACAUCAGUGACAACCGCAAUAUCUAUAAGUGUAACUGAUGUAAACGAUUCUCCUACCUUCACUGAUGCACCAUACAAUACAAGCGUCAAUGAAAAUGAUGCUGGSGCAUCAGUAUACACAGUUAGCGCGACGGAUCAAGACACCGGCCCCACGGACACCUUGACGUUCUCCAUGUCUGGAGCGAGUAGCAAUCUUUUUGACAUCCAUUCGUCAACGGGCGUSGUCUCCUUAACAACAGCCCUCGACUACGAAGACCAGUCAUUGCACAGUCUAACGAUYCAUGUAUCUGACGGAAAGGGUACCAUAGCAACAACGGGUUUGACUGUCCAUGUGAUUGACAGAAAUGACGCACCUGUCUUUAAAGGUACCCCCUACAUUACUUCUAUUCGCGAGAACCUUCCUGCGGGAAGCACUAUCUUUAAACCUGUAGCGAAAGACCAAGACACAUCCGACACACUUGUGUUCUCCAUAUCUGGCGCCAAUAGUUCUCACUUUCAAAUCUCCAGUUCAACUGGCCUCAUACAAACAGCUGAAGUGCUCGACUACGAAAGCCUAAAUACUUACUCUCUARCAAUAGCUGUUACUGACGCAACUUCAUCUGUAUCUCAGCCAAUCACAAUCACCGUCAGUGACGUCAAUGAUGAUCCUGUGCUAACGAGUACCCCGUAUGUAGUGUCAGUUCCAGAGAACAAUGCAACCGCAAGUGUUAUCACAGCCACUGCAAGCGAUGUUGACAAUGACACUUUGAARUAUUACUUAGUUGGCGAAGGAAGUGAGAUGUUUUCAAUGAAUUACCUCACAGGGUUGGUUACUUUAGCGUCGGCGUUGAAUUACGAGGCAAAGACUACGUACAGUUUGACAGUGCUGGUUUUCGAUGACGCAGGAGGCUCUAACGCAACAUCUUUGACAGUCAAUGUUGUAGACAAGAAUGACCCUCCAGUUUUUAUAAAUACCCCCCAUAGCGUGUCUAUUCAAGAGAACACGUCGCCAGGCAGUAGAAUCAUACAGACGUCUGCAAUUGAUGAAGAUACCGCUGACACUCUGACUUACAGUAUCACGGGCACAAACAGCAAUCACUUUGCUAUAUCUAAUGUAGGGAUUAUUAGCACUACAGUUAUGAUGGACUAUGAGACAGCGAGUUCCUACUCACUUACUAUAAACAUCAAUGAUGGGACUGAAACAGUUACCGCCCCACUGACGGUGAGCGUCACAAAUAAUAACGAUAAACCGGUGUUUGUAAACACUCCCUACAACGUGUCAAUCAACGAAGGAACUGCCGCGGCGUCUAGUAUUCUGCAAGUAUCAACAAYAGACCAAGAUAAUGACACUAUUACCUACACCUUUGUAGGAAUGACAAGCUCUGAUUUCUCAAUUCAUAGCAGCACUGGGCAGAUUACUACAACGGUUAAAAUGGACUACGAGAAAACUGCGUCGUAUCUGCUUACGGUACAGGCAGACGAUGGAAAUGGCGGGAAAACUUUAACAACUGUUCAAAUAAUCCUAGUUGAUCUUAAUGACGAGGCUCCUAUAUUUGGAAGCGCAUUCUAUGCUGGUCAUGUAACCGARGGCACGGCAGUAGGCUCGUCUGUAAUGGUUGUCAGCGCAACGGACAAAGACUCCGUUGAUAACACGCACACCUACAGCCUUGCGGGCUCAGGCAGCUCUCAUUUUUCUGUUACAAGUUCUGGUCUGAUAAAAACUGCGUCUGCAAUCGAUUAUGAAUCGACACAAAGCUACUCGUUGACACUKACCGCCACCGAUAAAGGCUCGAACACCGGAACAACGACGGUAAAUAUAGGCGUUAUUAAUAUAAUCGAUAACUCUCCGGURUUCGGACAGRGMUCGUAUAAUGGAACCGUUUCCGARGAUAGCGGUCCUGGCACYARCGUUCUGCAAGCUACAGCUACUGAUCAAGACAAUGGAGAUCAGCUUUUCUACAGUUUAUCAGGCGUAGACAGUAGUAGCUUCACAAUAAAUGAAASUACAGGAGUUAUAUUCACCAMCAACAAYAUCGACCGCGAGRCAAAGUCGUCCUACASCUUCACAAUYACUGUUAAAGAUUCAGCRUCAAACUCUGCUACAGCAUCGGUUGUCRUUACCGUGUCUGACGUCAAUGAUAACAGUCCCGUAUGUGGAGAGACGAUAUACGCUGCGUCUGUCCUUGARAGYGUWGCCGCUGGCUCAUCAAUACUGACUAUAACAUGCACGGAUCUCGAUAGCAACUCGAAUGGACAGGCAUCAGAUGGUUUACACACUGCAAACGCUACAGUUCUUGUUACUGUGUCUGAUGUCAACGAUAAUUCCCCCGUGUGUAGUCCAACGUCGUACGCAGCUGUUAUCGCAGAAGACGCUGGCGUUGGGACGAGUGUGGUUCGAGUCACGUGUUCAGAUGACGAUGAAGGGUUGAACAAGGAACUAUUCUAUAGUAUUAUAUCAGGGAACACCAACACAGACUUCGCAAUUGAUUCCAACGGGACAUUUACAACUGCGCGUGCUCUUGACUACGAAACCACGUCCUCUUACACACUAACUGUUAAGUCACGUGAUUCGAGUAGCCCAAGCAAUUUACAAAGACAUGUGCACUUAGAAAUCAGCAUUGCUGUGACUCCAGUGAACGAACAUCCGCCUGUCUUUACGUCAUCAAGUUAUAUACACAAUAUCCAAGAGGAUACAGUCAUAGGGACGUCUUUGAUUAGGGUCACAGCUACAGAUGAUGAUAAUGGUCCACAAGGGGAAGUCUCAUACUCUUUGUCAUCCUCGUCAUUCUACAUCGAUGCAACCAAUGGAAUUAUUCGCCUUAAAGCUGCUCUUGACCGAGAAUCUACUUCAUCAUACUCGCUAAUGGUUACGGCGCAUGACAAUGAUCCUGUUACCUCUGACCGGAAGUCAGCGAAUGUCACAGUUACACUAACUAUAAUAGUCAGGCUGCUAACGACCAAAAAAAGGUCGAAUUAUCACUAUCACGAUCAAGUUAAUGCACUAGUGAAAGGGGAAGGUGGUGCAGUCGGUCUUACAGAUGCAUGGAUGGUAGUAGGACCAGAGUUGUCCAGAAUAGCGAAAGAGUUUGAAGAUAUCUCAACAACUGAGAAAGAUCAUAUGGCAUCACGAGCAAAUACCUGCUGUACAAAGUACAUUUAUGAAGGACGUCAAAAAGCUUGGUAUCGGCAUUUGAAAAGACUUCUCAUUCGCAUACGAGAAUCAGCCAUGGCCUCUAUCAAUUGCUCAGAAAGGAAAGCUCAGAAGUGGACAAAAGGCAGACCUGGUCAAGUAACACUAGCUGAAAAUACAACCGUUGGUACCAAUCUUACUCAAGUUCAAUGUACCGAUAGUGACCUGAGCACUAAUGCUGCAAUUACAUACAGCAUAAAAGAAGGGGAUCCAUCUAAUUUCUUUAGCAUCGCCUCAAAUGGACAAGUCACCACUGCCAAGAAUCUAGACUACGAAACCCUGACGUCAUAYUCUUUGAUUGUCCAAGCACGUGAUAGUAGUUCACCAAUCAGCUCACAGCUUAUUGGAAWGGCUCAUAUUGAUGUUGUCGUAAGCGGUGUUAAUGAGCAUGCUCCGGUAUUCAGCCAAUCAUUGUACAACGUCACAAUUUCUGAAAACACACCGAUUGGCACAUCUGUGCUUGAUAUCGAUGCUGCUGAUGGAGACCACGGUAUACAAGGUCAGCUGUCAUACUCAUUAUCUAGUACCUCGAUGUUCUAUAUAGAUCAGAACAGCGGGGUUCUGGUGUUAAACAAGAAUCURGACUACGAAGCGACGACAUCGUACAGUCUUAAGGUUACUGUCACAGAUGGAGACACAACGUCACCAAAAUCGUCUUACGUAAACGUAACAGUUUACGUUCGCGAUGAGAAUGAUAACAAACCAACGUUCAACCCUACCGUUUAUACUGUGAGUAUUGCAGAGAACACAACGGUUGGUGAAGCCAUCUUGUCUUUGACUUGUACUGAUGCGGACUCUGGUACUAACGGAGCUAUCAACAUGGCUAUCAUAUCAGGAAAUACAAACACAGGAUUCUCCAUCAGCGAUGCAGGUGUCAUCAGUGUUGCAACUCCACUGGAUCUCGAGACAACCCAGACAUACUCCUUGGUUGUCACGGCAACGGAUCAGAAUGCCAUUAGUCCUUUAAGCAGCACUGCCUACGUCACUAUAGAGAUAACAGACAUCAACGAACACGCACCAGUAUUCACAAAUGGAGGCUCGUACACAGCUGUUGUGUCUGAAGAAGCUACGAUUGGACACUACGUUACUAACGUCAGUGCUUCUGAUAACGAUUAUGGCGCAGCAUAUGGAUCAGUCACCUACUCCAUCAUAUCAGGAAAUAGUGAAAACAAGUUCUACAUAAGACCUUUGGACGGGAAGGUGUUUGUCCAAACKUCCUUAGAUAGAGAGACUACUUCAUCGUACACAUUAAAGAUUAAUGCGACAGAUCAAGAUCUAGUUUCUCCUAAGUCAUCUACGGCAAGUUUAUUGAUAACGAUAUCUGACGUGAACGACAACAGCCCCGYAUGUGAUCCAUUUAUUUAUAGCAAGASUUUAGAUGAGGGUGUUACWACAGGAACUACAGUGGUGCAGAUUUCAUGUACYGACAACGAUGUAUCACCCAAUGGUAUUGCUCUAUAUACCAUAGACACAGGUAACACAACACUCUUCCAAGUUUCUUCUUCUGGUCUUGUGACAACAAAAGGGUUGUUUAACUACGAGUCAGUCAAGUCUUACGUACUUGUAAUCAAUGUGACCGAUGGAGGUGUAAUUGUGAGGACGAGCCARGUUACAGUCAGUGUGGAGAUUACUGGUAUCAAUGAAUAUCCWCCGGUGUUUGGACAAGAAAUAUACAAUGUCAGCUACUUAGAGAUUAACCUGGGAAUUGCAGUAACUCCAAUCAAUGAGUUCAAGCCCAACUUUACCAAAGGUUUUUAUAGCGUCGYACUCAAUGAAGAUGUGGCCAUCGGYACRACAGUKYUAACGUUGACUGCGCAUGACAGCGAUAGUGAUAGUCAGGGGGACAUUASUUUUAAAAUASUGGACGGUAACCAGGCGGAUAUGUUUUUGAUUGGUGUUAACACAGGAGASAUUUUACUGAAGAAGCGYUUAGACUACGAGCUGCAGUCYGCUUAUAGUUUAUYAAUCAGAGCGACAGAUGGYGCRUCMGCYAACCUUAUUAAACACAGUGACGUAAGSGUCAAUUUCACGAUUAUUGACAUCAACGACAACKCCCCGUCAUGCGUAGAUCGUUACAARCUAAUUACACUACUCGAAUCUACAAUAAAAGGAACACUMAUYUUCAAAACGAAUUGCACAGACUCAGACUCARGUGGAAACUCUUUACUUAGUUAUGACAUCAUAACAGGAAACGAGGAAGGAAUUUUCAACGUKACGUCAUCAGGUGACGUCAUGACUAUCAAAGGUCUYGACAGUGAACGUWCUUCGAUGUAUAAUCUGGUUGUCAUGGUAAAGGAUACCGGUAAUCCACCAUUGUCGUGUAAUAUCACGUUGACAGUUWGCGUUCAGCCGGUUAAUGAGUUUGUWCCWACGUUCGCUAGUGGUGAUCUAUAUCACUUGGACGUAAGGGAGAAUAUUACUUUGGGUACUGUAAUCUUCAAAGCCAAAGURCAAGACAACGACACCGGUUUAGACGGCACUUUAUCAUUUUCUAUGCUGAACAACUCAUUAUAUGACAAAUUCUACUUGGAUGCUGUUGACGGUCGUCUAAUAUUAAUAGCUAGCCUUGACAGAGAACAGCAGGAUAAUUAUAACAUAACUAUCAAGGUGCAUGACGGUAGAGCUAAGCAAUCUAACGUAACUGUCAAUAUCAACGUGGUUGAUGUCAAUGAUAAUGCCCCAGCGUGCACAUCGACACUCUAUUCAUUGGAGAUACCUGAAACUAUUGCUGUUGGAUCUAACAUAACGACCUUCACAUGCACUGACCAAGACUCAGGCCUCAACAGUCAACUAACGUACACUUUUGGCAGCGGGAAUACUGGAAACCACUUCAAACUUGAUAAUAAUACCUUAGUGGUUGCUAAGCAACUUGACCAUGAGACCACUGAUGAAUAUAGCUUGGCUGUCAAGGUAACGGACGGUGGAAUCCCAGCUCAAGUGACUGAUGUCAUGGUAACUGUGGUUGUGAUAGCGAAAAAUGAACAUAUUCCUAAGUUUGAGAAUGCGAGUUACACAGUGAAUAUUUCAGAAUGGACCGCGAUUGGACAUAGUGUGUUUGACGUAAAUGCAACCGAUGACGACAAAGGUAUCCAUGGAAACCUAGAGUAUUACAUCACUUCCGGCCUGAAUGGAAGCAUAGAUUUUACAAUUGAUAAAACUACUGGAAUAGUCAGGGUUGGAUCCAAACUAGACCGCGAAACGAGGGACACUUAUGUACUGAAUAUUACAGCUAAGGACAAAGGGAUCGCGGAGCACGAGCAGUUGUCACGGACUGUCCUGCUGACCAUAGGCAUCACAGAUGAGAAUGACAACCCUCCACUUUUCACCGAAGUAAUAUACACCACUACAAUACCGGAGAACAUCCCUAUUGGYAACAGUGUUGYUAUGGUUAYAACUACUGACGCUGACAUUGGAMUUAAUGCUGACCACACCUAUACUAUAACUGGUGGUGAUGGUCUUGGUAAGUUCUCUAUCAAUCAAACAAGUGGAACCAUUGGYGCUCUGGCAGGCUUAGACUACGAGACAAAGUCCACCUAUUACCUCUCAGUGAUAGCACGUGAUCAUGGCGUGCCACAACGUCACGCACUCUCAGGCGUGCGCAUCUUUUUAWCUGAUGUUAAUGACAACAAACCAGUCUUCAAACCGACGCUCUAUAUCACGAGUAUAUUAGAGACUACAUCAGCCGGAAGUGAUGUCAUCCCAGUUUAUGCUAGUGAUCCAGAUUCAGGCAUAAAUGCAGAGAUCUUGUUCACAAUCGCAGGGGGAGACCCAAAAGAUCAGUUUAAUGUUAUUGAAAAUGGAACGAUUAGAACCAAAAGAACACUUGAUCGCGAAGACAUUUCAUCAUACUCAUUGAUCAUACGCGCAUCGGACAAAGGCUCCCCGGUCCUCAGUGAAACUGUAUCAGUUCAAAUCACCAUAGAGGAUGUCAAUGACAACGCCCCUAUAUUUGGGAGCUCUGCUUAUAGCGUGUCGGUACCAGAGGAUGCUCCGAUAGGAACUCGAUUUCUGAAUAUUUCUGCUACUGACGCAGAUGUCGAUUUAAAUGCCAAGCUUACGUAUUCUAUUGUUAGUGGUAACGUUGGCAACAAGAUUUCUAUCGAUGAGAGUACAGGAAUUUUGGCAACAAUCGGUACGUUCGACCGUGAGAAACUCCCAAGUUAUCAACUGACCAUCAAAGCACAAGACGCAGGGAUCCCAUCGAAGUACUCCACCACCAAUGUAGAAGUACGAAUCAUUGAUCGUAACGACAACUCACCUUCUUUCACACGUGCUGAUUACAGCUUCGCAGUAACAGAGAAUCAGCCCAGCGGUCUAUUAGUUGGCGUCGUCAAGGCAACUGAUAUUGAUAAUGGUACACAUGCGCAGUURGUUUAUAGCAUCGAGCCAACGUCGCAUAGCAACCAUUUCUCCAUUAAUCCUCUCAGUGGUGUGAUAUAUACAGCAAUGGCGCUCGACCGCGAAGCURUGGCAUCUUAYGCAUUAAAGGUUAAAGUGAGUGAUUCUGCUUCAUAUCCUAAUCAACUAUACAACACAACCACAGUGUCGAUAUCUGUACUGGACGUCAAUGAUAACCCGCCGGUAUUCACAAAAAACAAAGACAAUGUUUCAAUCGCAGAAAAUUCUCCAUCCGGGACACUAGUUACCAGGGUCACAGCAACUGAUACGGACCGUGAUGCUAAUGCGAGGGUCAGUUAUACCUUGGCGCACACUAACAUUKCUGACGACUACUUCAGAAUCGAUUCAAUUACAGGCGAGAUUUUUGUGAAAAAUGUCUUUGACUAUGAAAAUAUUCAGAAUGUUACACUCACUUUAAACGCAAGGGACGAUGGUCUUCCUCCUUUGUCUGGUUCGAUGAGGCUAAGAGUAGACUUGAUUGAUGUCAAUGAUAAUGCUCCAAAAAUGAGUUUAGAAUUGUACGAUGCUGAGAUCCGUAGUGACCGUGCUUUAGGUCUGCCGGCCAUCUUGACGGUCAGUGCCACAGACGAAGACAGUGRAAGAAACGGUAGAGUUUCAUAUGAACUUGAAAACSAACAAAAMAUCUUCAGCCUGGACACAGUGACUGGUGUGAUAGUUCUCGAAGCUUCUCCAGGAAACGGGAAAACGUACACUUUCCGUGUCCGCGCAAAAGACGAUGGAGUAAUUCCACUGACCAGUAGUUAUUCGACUGUGCGCAUCGAUACUAUAGACGCUGAACAGACAAUGGUUGACAUAACUUUGGACAUAACACAAGAGGAGUUUGAGGCGAAUAAAGAAUAUUUCUUAAAAAAGCUAUCAGCGAUGUUGGGCGCCGAUGUCAAAAUUGCAGAAAUACAGCAGCAAGAAGUAGARAAAAAGAGAAGAAAAAGAGAAACGAAAAAAGGAAUCAAGAUAACCUUCUACGCUGUAAAGAAACCCUCCACCAACACRACAGACGUACAAACCAAGUUAAAAGAUGUGAAAAAGUUUUUGUCACGUGACGAGAUCAUGAGCGUUCUAUUGGACAAGGAUGGCAACCUUAAUCCGGAACUGACCAAUAGCACUGAGUUAGGCGUAAGUACUUAA